GAGGAAACACGGGAGAAGGGAAGGGGGAGCGGUCCCGAGCUGGGGGAGCACGACAGGCGGAGGGGGAGGUCGGAAAACCCUCGCUGAGAAGAGGGAGGGGCCGCAGCGAGCGCAGGCGGAGGCCUGAAGGCGGGCUCGGGGGCAGAGGGCAGCCUCCGGAGGCUGGGAGGGCGAGGAUCCCGAGCGGGAGGUGCGGGGGGGCCACGGGGCCCCAUUGGCCCACGCUCGGUCCGCCCCUCGCCAGGCCAGCUGAGGCCGGGCCCGAGUGCCGGGCCAGUGGCUAGAAGGCAGCAUGGCCGACUACGCGCUUUUGGACAGCUCUGUGGCUGUAAUCCGCCUCCGGAACCCGCCUCUCAACACCAUUAGUAAGCCGGUGAUAGAAGGCUUACUUAACAGCCUGAGGAAAGCCGAAACCGACCUGGCUGUGAAAUCCAUCGUCAUCUGUGGAGCAGAUGGAAAGUUCUCUGCAGGCGCUGAUAUUCGGGGCUUUAGCACCCCCAGAAGGCUGACGGAUUCACUGGGCUCAGUGAUUGAUGCUCUUCAGAGAAUGGAGAAGCCUGUGGUGGCCGCCAUCCAGCACGUGGCUCUGGGAGGAGGCUUGGAAUUGGCGCUGGGAUGUCACUACAGGAUUGCGGACCCCAAGGCUCAAGUUGGUCUCCCAGAGGUCACCAUUGGACUUCUCCCUGGAGCACAAGGUACCCAGCUUCUCCCCAGACUCAUUGGAGUGCCUGCUGCCCUUGACCUGAUCACCUCAGGGAGACACAUUCUGGCUUCGGAGGCGCUCAAACUGGGGAUACUGGACAAAAUUGUGAACGCCGAUCCAGUCGAGGAAGCCAUCAAAUUGGCCAAAAGUGUCUCAGGUCAGUCCAUAAGUUCUCGAAGACUCAUAAUGAGGCAGGUGCAGAACCUGCCAAAUAUGGACAUCAUUUUCCAGGAAACUCUGCUUAGGAUGAGGAAACAGUACCCAGGGUGUAUUUCUCGGGAAGCCUGUGUCCAAGCCGUCCAGGCCGCUGUCCAAUACCCCUACUUGGAAGGGAAGGAGAGAGAGAAGGAGCUGUUCCUGUACCUUGUGACUUCAGGACAAGCUCGAGCCCUGCAGUAUGCUUUCUUUGCUGAGAGAAUUGUGAGAAAAUGGUCAACUCCUUCCGGGGCAUCAUGGAAGACAUCCUCAGGGAAGCCCAUCUCAUCCGCAGCAGUAGUGGGUCUGGGAACAAUGGGGAGAGGUAUCGUCAUCUCUCUGAUCAUGGCCGGCAUCCCUGUGAUUGCCAUGGAACAGGACGAGCAGCAGCUGGAUGGGGCCAAGAGGAUGAUCUUCUUCGUUUUGGAACAAGAAGCCUCUAAGCGGAAGGGGAGCGGCCAGGAGUGGAGGCAGCCCAGGCUCCGGUUCACCACCUCCCUGGACGAGGUUGCAGGCACGGACUUGGUGAUCGAAGCCGUCUUUGAGGAGAUGGGGCUGAAGAAGCAGGUGUUUGGCAGUCUGUCGGCCAGAUGCCAGCCCUCGGCCCUGCUGUGCACCAACACCUCGUGCCUGGACGUCGACGAGCUCGCCCUGUGCACGGGCCGCCCUCACCAGGUCAUCGGCACCCACUUCUUCGCCCCCGCUCACCGGAUGAAGCUGCUGGAGGUCAUCCCCAGCCGAUACUCCUCCCCCACGACCAUCGCCACCGUCAUGGGCCUGGCCAAGACCCUUCAGAAGGUUGGGGUCGUCGUCGGAAACUGCCUGGGAUUUGUCGGCAAUCGGAUGCUGAUGGCUUUCAACGAGCAGAAUUAUUUCUUAUUGGAAGAUGGGAGCCGGCCGGAGGAAAUCGAUCAGGUGCUGGAGGAGUUUGGUUUCAGAAUGGGCCCUUUCCGGGUGGCGGAUCUGUCUGGGCUGGACGUGGGCUGGAAAUCACGCAAAGGUCAGGGCCUCACGGGACCCUUGGUGGCCCCAGGGACGCCUCUGCGCCAACGCGGCGGCCGACGGUAUUGCCCGAUUCCCGACAUCCUCUGUGAACAUGGAAGACUGGGCCAGAAGACCGGCAGAGGCUGGUACCAGUACGACAAACCGACAGGCUGGAGACACCAGCCCGACCCCUGGCUCUCUAAGUUCUUGUCUGAGUACCGGCGGGAGCACGAGAUCGAGCCCCGGGCCAUAACCUCCGAGGAGAUCCUGGAGCGCUGCGUGUACUCCCUCAUCAAUGAAGGCUUUCGCCUCCUGGAGGAAGGCAUGGCCGCGGGCCCCGAGCACAUCGACGUGAUUUAUAACAAUGGCUACGGAUGGCCGAGGCACAGGGGAGGGCCCAUGUUCUACGCUUCCACGGUGGGACUCCCCACGGUGGCGGAGAGAUUACAGAAGUAUUACCAGAAGAAUCUGGACGUCCCCAAGCUGGAGCCCUGCAACCUUCUGAAAAAGCUGGCUUCCCAGGGGAACCCCCCACUUCAGGAAUGGCGGCGCUUGGGGCGGCUGCAGACCAGCCACCUGUGAUUCUGCUCCCCGAGGCUCACCAACCUCAGGCAGACAUUAAGGAAAUAAAUCGAAACUCAAUUCAGGCUUUAAAAAGUUUGCAAAGCAAAAUCUAGGGGGAAAAUCAUGGGCGUGGUAACCCUUUCUGUGGUCAUACCAUAAAACAGCAGGGUCAGAUCUUGGGAAGCACAAAACUGCUUCUGAAUCCACCUCCUUUCACUUGACUCCAUGAAAACAGUUUGACCUCGGUGGCACCGGAAUAAAUGCAAAGAACUGGGGGCUGCCCUCUUACCAAGCGCAGCGGCAGAAGUCCCAUUCCUGACAGCUCCUUUCGGGGCCAGGGGCUGCCUCCAGGUUAGCCUCGGCAGCUGUCCCCGUAGGCAGCGGGCCCCGUGGGGUGCUGUCUGCCAGCUUACCUGCAGGGCUGCUUCUGGAGACGGGGAUCCCAAAGUCCUCCCUGUCAGGAUCCAUGCUGCUCAAAGAACAACAGUUAGGGAAUGGGUGAACGAGUUGUAGAGUGUAGCUGCGAAGGAAUACUUCUGUGCCAUGGGAAACGACAAGCAGGAUGCUUUCAGAAAAAGCUGGGAAGCCUCACAGGAACCGAUGCAAAGUGAAAUGAGGAGAACCAGAGGAACAUGGUGCAGAGGAACAGCAAGACUGGAAGGACGGGCAACUGGGCAAACUUGGCUAUUCUCAGCAACGUUUCUGAUCCAAAAUAUUUCUGAAGGACUUGUGACGAAAAAUGCUCUUUGCCUCCGGUGAAAGAACUGAUGGAGUCUGAGUGUUAGCUCAAAGCAUACAUGUUUGUGUUCUUGCUUUUUCAUGGGUUUUUUGUUUGGAUCUACAUUUUCUUUUGCAACAUGGCUAACAUGGAAAUGUUUUGCAUGAGUGCACGUGUAUAAUCUACAUCAAAUUGGUGGUCUUCUUAAGGAGGGAGGAAGGUGAGCAACAAAGAGAAUUUGAAGUUCAAAAUGAAAACAAAUGUUAAAAAUUUUAGAUGUGAUUGAGAAAAAAAUACAAUAAAAAUUAAAGUUUAAAAAUUGUGAAGACUCUGGGACGAGGUAGGAAGAAGGCCGCAAGGAGAAAUUUUGGUGAUACAACAAAAGACAUAAUGGGAAUCUAUUCAAAACAAAACGAUAAAAAGGAAAUAGGAAA